AUGAGUACUCAGUUUGCGAGGAAGCAGCACUCGCGGAAGCCCAGCAAUGAAGGGCUGCAGUUUGCCAACAACAGCAUGUUGUCGCUGGUGAACGAGUUUGUGCACGCUGUGGGCGCCAUGGAGGAGACGGUGUUGGUGCCGUCGCGGCUGAUGGACGUCGGAGUGGCGUCCCCCGUGGGCGACGCGGCGGUCUUGUCGCCGUCCGCCGCCCUGCUCCACCGCGCUGUGCCCAAGUGGGCGUCCAAGUCCCCGUCCGACCUCUUUUCCUUCUUCAACGCCGUCAAGCGGGUUCACAACACGUUGUUGUGGGGUGGAAAGGAGAAACCCGAGGGUGAGCCGCAACCCAUGCGAGCAGUCUACACUCCUGCAGCUCUGCCGAGUCUCGCAGUCACAACCUACCCGAUGGGUUCUUCCUCCUCCUCUACUUCCGGUUGUGUGACUCCAAUCUCUCCACCGUCUCCGACCAGCGCCGAAGACCCAGCAACCACAAUGCUGUCCUCUCAUCAUCAUCACCAUCACAAUCAAAAUCAUCGCAACAGCGGCGGCAGUGGCGACACCUUGCGUCAGGCUUCGUCUUCGGCGUCCCUGGCCUCUGGGUUCGAAGACGGCGACGACGCCGAAGUGUCGUCCACUGAUGACAGCAGUGACUCUGGUCUGGACCAGGAGCAGGGCAGUCGGGAAGACCCCCUGAAGGCCAUGGCUGACAAGUUCUCUGCCCACUUGGCCGGCAUGCUGGAUUGUCUGGACGAAUUCACGCGUGUAGCGCAUGUCGUGUCUCAGCGCUACCACGAAGAAGUGGUUGGGGCGCCGGUGUAGUAGGAAAAAAAAAAAAAAGAGAUAUGAGAGAGAGAGGUACUUCAUGCAUAUCCCACCUCCCCUAUACAACCCCCAUGUGUGUGUGUGUGUGUGGAAAGGGAAUGAAAAAUAUGUGGGUGGGGCGGGGUUUAGAAAGAAGAUUGGUUCAUCCAAGUGUUGGAGGUGAUUCUAUUGAUUGAUGAUCACAUCCAUCUCCUUGGGGGGAAAGAAGAGACUCACUCUCUCUUGCACACACACACACACACAACUAUUGCGGUUCCAGUCAUAAUUUUAUUCUUUUUUUUGUUUGAAAAAGAACAGCGAGGAGAAAGAUAGAAAAAGAGUGGAAGCUUAUAUUCCCCCACAACUUUCAUUUCUUUGUCUCUCUUCUUCCUCAGAUUAUCUCUGUGGAUAAAAAGGAAAGCAACUCUCUCAAAGCUGGGCACCAUAUUGGAUAUUUUACCAAACUUUUUGAGUGACUGUAACCCCAUUUUUUUCUGAAGGAGAAUGAUCAAAUUUUGAAGCAAGUGUACCUUGAAGAAAAAGUUGGCAACGCUUGGGAACUUCCUCUUUUCAGAAUAUAUUUCUUUCCUGGGCUAUGAAAAAUAAUUUUUGGGGUUUUCUGAGAAUUUUUCUGUAUAUUGGCUUGAUGAACGCAUAUUUUAUUCAAAUUUUGGCAGGACAUGAAAAAAAAAAUCAGCUACUUGCAAAAUAAAUUUUUGCUUGGAAUUUGGUGGCAUGAGUAUAUAUACAGUAUAUGAAAAGAUAAUUGCUGACUGCAUAAAUGUAAAAGAUGAUUUACCCAGUUGUAGCCUGGUUUUCAGUUGCUGUCCUUAUCCUAAAGCAAUUCUUUUUUCUGCUGCGCUCUGUGCUGUUUUCUUCUCUCUUUUUUUUUAGCACAUGUAGAGACGUAAUGUAUACUUUUUGAAGCACUCACAAAGCGUCGUGGUAUUGAAGAAAAGCAAAGUUAGGAUUCGUGUCUGUGAUCCGAAUGCCUUAUUUGGGAAAUGAUGAGAUUCAGGCAAAGGGAGAGAAAAAAGAAAACCCCACAUAUGCUCAAGAUGGAUGCCCCCAUGGCUAAUGAAUGUUUACCAAGUCGCUCUCCCCCUCCUCCCUUCCCAGAACUUUUUUUGUUUCGUGUAUUUAUUGUUGCCAGUCUCGUGUACAGGGUUGUAGUUUCCGUGUUGAACUCUGCGUGUUAGGAGAUAAUUUUACUUUAUUUCUCCCCGUUCCCUUUUUAUUUCCAAGCUGCCCUGCCCAAGGAAGAAGAAAAGAUGGAAGUGCAGUACUGGUUCGGGAAAGUUUUGAGCACUAGAAUGCGGGGCACUUCACACGGGGUCCUUUUUUCAAACCCCCCCUUUUUAUUUUUAAUUUGCUGAGGUGGGCGAUUCUAGUGAGGCUGUGAAAUUUCCUGGGCGAAGUUCGAUGGCAGGUUUGAGAGUCAAGGUUCUGUUCCGUUGGCAGUUCUGCUGCGGAGUGCCCCGAAAAAAAAAGACACACGCCAGCAGCAAAAGGGAAAGGCAACAAGUUUUCGCACACCCACGCAAAAUAAGAAAGCUGUGAUACUUGGGAACGACUGUAUGUGUAUGUGUGUGCGUUUUUUUGUGUUUGGGGAGGUUUUUGAAAUAUUGAGCCGCGGUUUUUACAAAAAUUUUCUUCAUCUCUUUUUUGCACCAUAUAUGUUGGAUUGAGUUUUUUUUCUUGAAUCGAGGGAGGAUAGCUUUAUUGAAUAUCCGUCUAUUUGACUAUUCCCCGUAUUCUUUUAUCGCGUUUUCGUACACACACACAUACAAGGAAAGUUGAACAUUUUUGAGGGGAUGGGGCAAAGAGAAUCACGAUUAUUUUUUUAUCACGAGUUUGCGUGUGAAAUUUUCAAGCGUCCCACAUUGCCCUCUUUCUUUGUCUCGCAAUGUUAUGCUUGCCAUCGGGAUUCUCUACCGACAAAUGCCAAUAUUUUGCUAUUGAUUGGUGCUUUGCGGAAAGAAAAGAAGUAAGAAAGAUGUACGGCGAGGGACUUGCGAAUUGACUAGGUGGCGGCUUUUAUGUGCAGAGUUUUGUCCUGUUAUUUUCAUCAGUGUUGAUGGGAGGGGGGAGUUUUUUUGCAACGGGUUUAUCUUUCCGUUUCGCAAGACUUCUGGAUGCACGGUGUUUUUCCUUCGUCGCAUCAAAUUUUUUGCAAAAAAGCGAAUCCUCUGCAAUCAGAAAAAGUCGCAUUAGGGAAAUCGCAAGCAGUGCAUGCUAUGUGAGGUGGAGAUGAAUGAAUGAUGGUCAAUA